AUGCCGACCCGGUUCUCUAAGACCCGUAAGCACCGCGGACAUGUUUCCGCUGGUUAUGGACGUGUAGGGAAGCACCGUAAGCACCCGGGUGGUCGCGGUCUUGCUGGUGGUCAACACCACCACCGGACAAACAUGGAUAAGUACCAUCCGGGUUAUUUUGGUAAAGUCGGUAUGCGCUAUUUCCACUUGAAGCGUAACCCGUAUUGGUCCCCGACUAUCAAUGUGGACAAGCUAUGGUCCCUCGUUCCUGAAGAGGAGAAGGCAGGGCUCAGCUCAGAAAGCGAGGUUGUGCCUGUCAUCGAUAUUCUCGCCCAUGGGUAUAGUAAACUUUUGGGUAAAGGAUUUCUGCCAAAAAUGCCUCUGAUCGUAAAGACUCGGUCGGUUUCUUCCAAAGCAGAGAGAAAGAUAAGAAGAGCUGGUGGUGUUGUCAAGCUUAUAGCAUAA